AUGGACGUAAAAUUUUUUCAUUGUUUAAUUGAUGCAUUGAAAGUUGCUGGUUGCUGUAUAUAUGAAGACAGUAUACCAAUUUUGUACAAUUCGUUAAUUAAAUUACAAAGUGAAAAUCAUUUCAAUUCUGUAUAUUUGUGGGGCCGUAUCGAAACAUCAUCCAUUGAUUAUUAUAUUGCUUAUGGUCACCAAAAGGAUCUAAUUGAGAAUAGAAUAUUUUUUUAUACUCAAAACAUGUUGGAAUGGGAUAUAAUGCCAACCGAUUGGUCAACACUCGAAACAGAUAUGGUACAAAAAUUAAAAACCAAGUUAUAUGGUGAUCCAAGAUAUGUGGAAACAAUAGAUAACUCAAAUAAAAAGUCACAAGAAACAACAGAAUAUGCAAUAGCACCCAAUGUAGUAUUAAAAUUUGAUGAUUAUGGAGAAGGUGGAGAAGAAGAUAAUAUGAAUAAUGUAGAAAGUUUAACUUAUAAUGAUAUUGUAUCAGUCACUGCAGAAACUGACGAAAUUAUAGAAACGGAAUCUGCUAUUAAUGAUUCUUCUAAUUUAAAACUUUCAAUAAAAGAAGAGGAUAGACUAGCCAUAACCGUUCAAAUGAUUGACAACGAAAGUCACAUAGUACCAAGAGGAUUUUUGUACAAGUUGCCUGAUGGAAACAUAACCAAAGCUCCUUACUUCAAAGGCUUAGAUUAUUCUGCGAUUGGGAAUGAAAACAAUUUUUUACACAUAAAUCAACAGUACUGUCAACCUAAAGAUCUAAAAAGUGACGUACGACUAGAUUACAAUGCAUCAAUUGAUUUUUUACAAUCAAUCGUUAAUGAUAUACCAAAAGGAUGUUGGGCUUCUCGGCUUUACUCAAAUCGAUAUUUUAUUAUUCACAAUUUACUAUGGCCAGGUGCUGUUUAUGUCCAAGAUAUGAAUACUGGUAUUCAUGGUUACUUCUACAACGGAUAUGGCCUGAAAAACUUAGAUUUGCCGUUUAUGAUCUAA